AAAGUGACUGUACCUAGCAGCAGCUCUCUCUUGUCCUAGCCUUUUCUGGAGCCCAGCAGAACAUGUUUUCCAGCCUGCUGAGGUGGGGCUCCCGUCGCUUCUAUCAGCGGGUGCCGGUGGGACUGAAUACUCAGAAAGAAAAUCCAGAGAAAACUGCUUCACUUUUCAGUAGGCUGACAUACUCCUGGUUUACCAGAAUAAUUACCUUAGGCUAUAAAAAACCUUUGGAAAGAGAAGAUCUUGUUGAACUAAAUGAGAGUGAUUCCUCUUACACUGUGUGUCCCAUCUUUGAAAAACAAUGGAAGAAGGAGGUUUUUAGACAUCAAGAAAGGCAAAAAGGAUGGGGAUCUUUUCACAAAGAGACACAUGCCAAGAAGCCAUCUCUACUUCAUGCUUUGUGGAACACCUUUAAGUCUGUCUUGAUUCAAGUUGCUUUAUUCAAAGUGUUUGCUGAUAUUUUGUCCUUCACCAGCCCACUUGUAAUGAAGCAAAUGAUCAUUUUCUGUGAACAGAGCUCAGAAUCUGGCUGGAGUGGAUAUGGUUAUGCAGUGGCACUUUUUGUUGUAGUGUUUUUGCAAAGUCUGAUUCUUCAGCAAUAUCAGCGUUUUAACUUGCUCACCUCUGCAAAAAUAAGAACAGCUGUAAUUGGAUUGAUCUACAAAAAGGCCCUUGUUUUAUCAAACGCUUCUCGGCAAAAAAACUCCACAGGGGAAAUUAUUAACUUAAUGUCAUCAGAUGCCCAGCAGCUCAUGGAUUUCACAGCUAGCUUCAAUCUCCUUUGGUCAGCUCCAUUUCAAAUCCUGCUGACCAUAUUACUACUCUGGCAGGAGCUGGGUCCAGCAGUGUUAGCAGGCAUGGCAAUCCUGGUGCUUGUUAUACCAAUAAAUGUUUUCGUGGCUAUUAGAAUAAAAAAGCUAAAGAAAAGCCAAACGAAGAACAAAGAUAAACAGAUAAAACUACUCAAAGAAAUCUUUCAUGGAAUUAAGAUCUUGAAACUUUAUGCGUGGGAACCUGCCUACAGAAAAAAGGUUGUAGAAAUUCGAGAUGAUGAACUGAAGUUUCAAAAAUCAACUAGGUAUCUUGCUGUGUUUACUAUGCUGGCAUUAACUUUCAUGCCCUUCUUGGUAUCUCUGUCUACCUUUGGUAUCUAUUUCUUACUGGAUGAAGGAAACAUUUUAACAGCCACUAAAGUGUUCACAUCUGUGUCUUUGUUUAAUAUUUUGAGGAUUCCUCUGUUUGAUUUGCCAGAAGUAAUUUCGGCUGUGGUCCAGACUAAGAUAUCAUUGGGUCGGUUGGAAGACUUUCUCAACACUGAGGAGUUUCUUCCUCAGAAUAUUGAAACAAGCUAUGCAGGAGACUAUGCCAUUGGAUUCACAAAUGCAUCCUUCUCUUGGGAUAACACAGGGAUUCCAGUAUUAAAACAUUUGAAUAUGAAGAUUCCAGAGGGAGCUUUGGUGGCUGUGGUCGGGCAGGUUGGGUCUGGAAAGUCUUCUGUGCUUUCUGCCAUUCUAGGGGAAAUGGAGAAACUUACAGGAGUCGUCCAAAGAAAGGGCUCUGUGGCUUAUGUUUCCCAGCAGGCAUGGAUUCAGAAUUGCAUUUUGCAAGAAAACAUCCUCUUUGGCUCCACAAUGCAGAAGCAAUUUUACGAGCAAAUUUUGGAAGCCUGUGCUCUCCUUCCUGAUUUGGAGCAGUUACCAAAUGGAGAUCAAACUGAAGUUGGAGAAAGAGGUGUAACUCUCAGUGGAGGCCAGAAGCAGCGAGUCAGUCUGGCUAGAGCUGUUUAUAGCAGGGCUGAUGUCUAUCUCCUGGACGAUCCCUUGUCUGCUGUGGAUGUUUACGUCGGAAAGCAGCUCUUUGAAAACGUGAUAGGAUCUUCAGGCCUGCUGAGAAACAAGACUCGUAUUUUAGUGACACACAACCUCACACUUUUGCCUCAGAUGGAUCUUAUUGUUGUCUUGGAAAAUGGCCAAAUUACACAAAUGGGAACAUACCAGGAGCUGCUAUCUAAAAAUACAAUUAAUCUGCUCCAGGUCUGCAGCGAAGAAAAUGCACACACUUUAAGGCAAAUUGAUGUAAUCGACUGCAAGACUAUACCAAAAGAUCAAGAUCUGGAGCACAAUUGUAGACCCUCAUUGGAUCAAAGGAAACAGUUCUCAAUGAAAAAAGAAAAGAUCCCUGUUGGCGGUGUGAAGCUUUCCAUCAUUCUCAAGUACCUGCAAGCCUUUGGCUGGCUCUGGGUAUGGCUGAUGGUGGUCAUUCUCUUAGGAAAGCAUCUGAUGGGCAUUGGACAGAAUCUAUGGCUUAGUGCCUGGGCAAAGGAAGCAAAGCACGUGAAUGACGCUACGGAAUGGAAGAAAAUUAGAAACAAAAACCUUAAUAUCUAUGGAGUAUUGGGAUUGAUACAAGGUCUUUUUGUCUGCUCUGGAGCCUACGUUCUCAGCGAAGGAUCGUUGGCUGCCUCAAGAACCUUGUAUUCUCAGCUGUUGAAUAAUGUGCUGCAUCUCCCACUCCAGUUUUUUGAAACCAACCCCAUAGGCCAGAUCAUUAGUCGAUUCACCAAGGAUAUAUUUAUAAUUGAUGUGCGUUUCCAUUACUACUUACGGACCUGGUUGGACUGUACACUGGAUGUGAUUGGAACAGUUUUGGUCAUUGUGGGAGCCUUGCCACUCUUCAUAGUGGCUGUUAUUCCAAUAAUUAUCUUCUAUUUCACCAUACAAAGAUACUAUGUGGCAAGUUCACGACAAAUUCGAAGACUGGCAGGAGCAUCUCGCUCACCUGUCAUUUCCCAUUUUGGUGAGACCUUAUCAGGCGUGUCUACCAUCAGAGCAUUCGGACAUGAACAGAGAUUCAUCCAGCAAAACAAAGAGGUGGUGAAUGAGAACUUGGUCUGUUUCUACAAUAACAUAAUUGCCAACAGGUGGCUGGCUGUUAGACUUGAAUUUCUUGGAAAUUUAAUGGUGUUCUUUGCUGCACUGCUUGCUAUGCUGGCUGACAAUUCCAUAGAUUCAGCAAUAGUUGGUUUAUCUAUCUCCUAUGCUCUAAAUAUUACUCACUCACUGAACUUUUGGGUAAGGAAAGCAUGUGAAAUCGAAACCAAUGCAGUCUCCAUUGAAAGAGUUUGUGAAUACGCAAAUAUCGAGAAAGAGGCCCCUUGGAUUAUGCCUAAAAGGCCUCCAUUACAAUGGCCCAGUAAAGGAGUAGUGGAAUUUGUAAAUUAUCAGGCUCGGUAUCGAGAUGAUCUUGGUUUAGCACUGCACGACAUCACGUUCCAGACUCAGGCGGAGGAGAAGAUUGGAAUUGUGGGAAGGACUGGAGCAGGCAAGUCAACCCUGUCAAACUGCUUAUUUAGAAUCCUGGAGCCAGCAGGAGGCAAAAUUUUCAUUGAUGGUAUUGACAUAUCAACUAUUGGACUUCAUGAUCUUCGUGGAAAACUUAACAUAAUUCCACAGGAUCCUAUGUUAUUUUCUGGAACCCUUCAGAUGAACCUGGAUCCUCUGGACAAGUGUUCUGACAGAGAACUGUGGGAAGCCCUGGAGCUGUGUCACCUAAAGCAGUUUGUGCAGUCUCUCCCUGAGAAGCUGCUCCACGAGAUUUCAGAAGGUGGUGACAACCUCAGCGUUGGGCAGCGGCAACUCAUCUGCCUUGCUCGUGCUUUGCUUCGUAAAACAAAAAUUCUCAUCUUGGAUGAGGCAACGGCCUCCAUUGAUUUUGAAACGGACAACUUGGUACAGAGCACCAUCAGGAAAGAGUUUUCCGACUGUACUAUCCUGACGGUUGCUCACAGGCUCCACUCUGUCAUUGAUUCAGACAGGGUGCUUGUUCUUGAUUCUGGGAGGAUUGUGGAAUUUGGAACACCAGAGAAUUUGAUACGUCAGAAGGGACUGUUCUUUGCAAUGACAACAAAAGCUGGAAUAACACAAGAUUCAGAGACAAAAAAUUCAAUUACUUUAACCUUAUGUUGAUUACAUACACACACACACACACACACACACACACACACACACACACAAAUACCUAAGUGAAAUAACAUUAAAAAAAAGAAGAAGAAAAAGAAGAAUAACAAUGAUAACAGAGAAAAGCAGAGACCUGACUCUGGCCGGCCCACAAAACAAUAAUCUCCCUCAUUUGUAACCCUCCCAGGUCAUCAUCAGAUUUCUUUCCUGCACUCAUACAGGGCUUCAGCCACGACCCAAAGUGCCCCAUGCCACCCUUCAAGAUUGUAAUUUAGUUCAUGAGUCACGUCUUCAGUGAAGAAUCCCCAGGUUCCUUCCCUCCCCAGCCCCUGCUCCUGUACUGUGCUCUUAUUAGCCUCGCCUGUGUACUGUUAUCAUGACAGGACCAUACUGGUUUCAUUCUUUGUGUCUGUUCUCUCCCUAGCCCUGCUCCCAAAAGAGCAACUUGAAGACAGUGUCCAGUUUUAAUUGUUUUGUGUUUGAGGUGCCUAUCACAGUGCUUUUCACACUGUUGACACCCAACUCAUGUUUAUAGAAUGAUGACCAUACACAGUGUGAUGUAAGCACAUAUAUGCACACAUGAUAUGUGUUGAGUCUGUACAGUUUAUGAAAUAAUACAGGAAUCCUAAAAAGGGUAUUACGCAGCUGCUUUUUUCAAAAGGGAAUCUUUAUAGUAAGGUCUAUUUUAUUUUAAAAUAAUGGUUUACAAUAUUUUUAGCAUUUGCCUUUGUGGUUUUAAAAAAAGCCACAGUAUUUUCUAUACAACAUUGAUUGUUGGCCGGAUCCACCUUAGUCAGAUAUAUGUUAGAUUGCAUAUCUUUAUGAAAACAUUGUUGAUUUUUUGUAGUAGUUUAUUUGGAAAGGCUUUUUCAUGUUACAGUUUUAAAUAAUAAAAGCAAUAUUAUGCCUACAAACAGCCUUGAAAUUUGAAGUGUUCAGGCUUCAAAGAUACAUUCAUUGUCAUAUAAUUUUAAUAAAAUAUUUUAAGAUGUUUGUUAGAACCCAUCGAUCAUUUCCUUUACCUUCCUUUUCUACUUUCUGUGCAAUCUUACUUAACUGCCUGCAGGUGUUUGUGAAAAGUUAUCUUAGCCAUAAAUCUUCAUACAGUUGUCCCUCAGAAUCUACAGGGUUUGGAUCCAGGAGCCUUGAGGAUAUCCAUAGCCACAGAUGCUCAAUGCCUUGUACAAACUGCUGGAGUCUUCCCACAUGACUUUAACUUAUGUCUUGUUC